CUAUCCUUUUCUCUAUCUCCGCAGGCUCCUCCGAAAGUGCGUCAGUCGGGAAAACCUUUUCUAGCAGCCUGGGGGCGGGGACGGGAUCGUGCCCGGGAAUACUUGAUGGAGUUCCUUCCUCGGAAGUCCUAUUGGGAAGAUAGCGACGCGUGAAGACAGGUUGCAAAGCUUGGGGCUGCGCGUGUCUCCUUCACCGCCGGAGGAAAGAAGAGGAGACUGAGAGGGGACGCGCAUCGGGGAAGCGGAGGGACAGCUAUCAGCAUUGCCUUUAGAGGAUCACCAGGGAUGGGAAGAUGCCCCUGGAGGUGAAAUGGCCGUUUCCUCAGGCCCCAAGUCUGCCAUGGAAUUUAGCCAGCAGGGUGAUCAUGGGAUUAGUGGGUACCUAUAGCUGCUUCUGGACCAGAUAUGUAAACAAGCUGAAUAUCCAUAAUGAAGAAGUUCUUUAUGAGCUAAUUGAAAACCGCCAACCAGGAACCCCGCUCUUGACUGUCUGCAACCAUCAGUCCUGCAUGGAUGACCCACAUCUUUGGGGUAUCCUGAGAUUACGACACGUCUGGAACUUGCAGAAGAUGCGGUGGACUCCAACAGCUGCAGAUAUCUGCUUCACCAAGGAGCUGCAUUCUCAUUUCUUUAGCCUUGGGAGAUGUGUUCCUGUCUGUCGGGGAGACGGAGUCUACCAGAAAGGCAUGGACUAUAUAUUAGAAAAGCUCAACUGUGGUGACUGGGUGCACAUGUUCCCAGAAGGUAAAGUGAACAUGACCCAGGAGUUCAUGCGCUUCAAAUGGGGUAUUGGCCGUCUCCUGGCUGAGUGCCGUCUGCACCCCAUUAUACUGCCACUGUGGCAUAUAGGAAUGAAUGAUGUACUCCCCAAUGCACCCCCUUACGUGCCCCGAACUGGACAGAAAAUUACCGUGUUAAUUGGGAAGCCAUUCAGCGUCCGUCCAUUGCUAGAACGGCUGCGGGCAGAAAACAAGUCGGCGAUGGAGAUGCGCAAAGCCCUGACUGAUUUCGUUCAGGAGGAGAUCCAGACCCUAAAGGAACAGGCUGAGAGAUUGCAUCAGACUUUCAAGCUACAGGGCUAGUGUUGACUAGACUAAGCAGAAGAUCUGUUACUGAAACAUGGAUUAUGCAAUCGUGGUCUAUGGCAAGAAAUGUCUUUGCACAGACUACUUUUAACUCGUCGCUUUUAAGUUAAACUUUCUCAUUUCUUCACCUGCCAUCCACACCCUGUUGAAGAUGGAGUGGCAUUGCAUGCUGAAGGUUGGAUGAGAGCUCCAAUACCUUGUUGUUGACCUUCAUGCUCUCCUGACUGUACUGGCUUUGGUGUCUGCCUCCCAAAGGGAGGGACUUGCAAUGGACUAUUGUAUGUAGUUCCCUCUUGCUAGAACCUAGAGGUGUUGGGAUAACUGCUGGUAAUGCAAGAACAGGAAGAGGAGGGAAUGGGGGGGAGAGGGAAAUCCAUCUCCAUCCUGUUCUUGCAAAUAUCUCCACUCAUUAGAGGAAUACAUAGUGCAUUUUCUACAUUUCCUCUUUUUGUAGACUCUUGGUUUGCAAAUUGUUUUAUACUUGAAAACCCCACCACCACCAAUAAAUGAAUCAGACCAG